GGUCUCGAUGUCCCGCGGUCGGGUGCGAUGGGUGGCGAGGCGGAGCGUCCUGCACAGGGCGUGGGCGAGGGAGAGGAUACCGAGCGUUAUGCGGAGGGAGGUGUUGCGAGAUAUGGGGAGGGUGCGGGUGCCACGGAGGAGGACGAGGCACACGUUGACCUUGAGGUUGGCGUGGCCGAGGGGGAGCGGACACCGAGGGGAGAGGGGGGCGUGCCGAAGUCCGAUCCGAUGGCUCAUCAGAGGGCAGUGGACUGGGAGCGGAGGUGCGGGAAGCAGGCCGUCCCACCUGAGACGACAUGUACGCCGAGUUCUUCGAAGAGUGCUGUUCCUGAUAGAGCAAGCACGCCGGGUUCUUCGAAGAGGAAGGAGGGGGGUGCACUGCUUUCUGGCACCAGUGAAGGGAAGAGGCUGCGGCAACAGAAAAUGACGGACACGUAUUGUGGUGAGUGGAUUGGUGAGUGGAGGAAGACAUUCUUUCGCUGGGUGUAUUCCAGCGGGAUUGCCUUCAAUGCCUUCCGCAACACGUCGUACCGGGACCUCCAGCAGGUUGCUCUUCGGCAACCUGGUGGAGCACCUCUUCCCGUGCUUCCAUCCCACAGCGAGAUUGCAAACAUGCGAACUGUGGAGAUCCACCGCGAGCAGUUGCGGAGGAGUUGGAGGAGGUUAGGCAGCCAUUAUGGCUUCUUUCGGAAGCGGAGCGCGACGUUGGGCCUCGUGCUUUCAUGUGAGAUGCGCUUUGCGUCCGUGUACUCCAUGUUGGAGAGGUUGCUCGCUCUGCAGGAUCGUUUGCAGGGCAUGAUGACAGCGGAGGACGAUCGGGCUUGGACUAGGAUCCCGUGGUCCCCCAACGUUUGCGACAUGGCGCGUUGGGUGCGCCGACAGAUCAGGUGGUCCCCUUGGUGGGAGAGGAUGCGUGCCAUCAAGCACGUCAUGGAUCCUGUCAUGGACUUGCUGAGGCGGAUGGACCGUGGCGGGCAGUUCAUGUCCCUCGUUGUAGAGUGGACUCGGGAUCUUGCACGCCUUGUGCGGGAUGCUUGCAUUCCUCUUGGUCAGUCCUUUUCUGACCGUAUCAUGAGGCAUGUGCAGGCCCAUAUACAGCACAUGCUGGAGCCCGCAUACUUCGCCGCGUUCUUACUGAACCCCCGUCGCUGGAAUAUUCAGUACUUCUCCGCGCAGCUCGACCGGUACCACACUUGGCUUGUUCGACAAGCCAAGAGGUAUCUGUUGUCUCAGACGGGCCACGAUGAGUCGGGUGGUCGUUACCUUGAGUUAUGUCGGCAGUUCGAGGACUUUCAUAUGCAGCAUGGUAGGUAUGGGUCUUGGGGCGGGGCAGAGGGCCGCGCUCGAGCUCGUAGUUGCAGCGGAGACUGCGAGACGUUGGAGUGUGCGUCGUGGUGGUCUCAGUACGGGGGAGAGGCGCCCGAUUUACAGCAGUGCGCUCUUUGUUUGAUGCACAUGUGGUCCUACGCCUCUCCAGCGGAGAGGAACUGGGCGGUCCACGAGGGCAUCCAUACGAAGAAGCGUAAUCAGUUGGCCUUCGAGAAGGUCGUUCAUCUUGUUGAGAUCACCGCAAAUGUGCGGUUGAUGGAGUAUAGACGUGCAGGUUGUGGAUACGUCCUCCCUUGGCAGCGAGACGAGGGCAUGCUUGACGCUCAGGCGGGAUUGGACGUGGAGCCUGAGCGCUCGGGGACGAGGAGUGGGAUGACGGAGGAGGAGAUUGAGGAGCAGGCUGCCCUCAUUGCGCACGAUCCCAUUGGGUCUUCUGCGCCGCCCCCUGUUGAGUCUGUUUUCGGUGCUCGUGCGACUAUCUUCCGCCCAUACCCCAAGGACGAUGACUCUGCGGACGAGAGGGAGUCGGAAGCAGCGGACGACCCGAUGCUUCCCAUCCCGCGUGAGAUUGAUGAGUUGCACGAGGGGGGCAACGUGCGUGACGAGAGGACGCACACUGCCCGGAGGGCGGCAGACCAGCAAGAUAUGGAUAUGAUGGGGGGGCGAGGAGUUUUGGGGAUCUUUUGGGGGCACGGAGGAGAGAUCACCCACUGCCGCGCGGGAGGAUAAGCGUCCUUGCACGACCUUGCGGGAGGAGACGCCUGCUCCCAUGACUGCGAGUGAGGAGCCGGGUCCUGCCACGACAGUGCGGGAGCG